AUGCCGGCGGCCCAGAAGAAUUCAGGAAUCAGGAUAUUAAUCGCUUCCCAUUACAGUGAAGCUACGUUACAGUAUACUGCGCGGCGUCGUUUUCCGGCUUGGCAUCCGCUAGCAGAACCAGAUGACCCUCCGGAGAACAAUCGUAGGCUUUACCCCAGAACAAAAAAGAAACCUGGAGAAACCAUCAAAGGUGGGGUCCGCGCCUCGCUUAGCACCAGCGCGUGCUCUUUCCCAGACAGGAGCGCGAAAAUAAUAUACGAAAUCCUCGAUACACAAAUCCGGAAUUCCAGUAACUCUAUCUUCCCUACUCAAACUACACGACCAAAUAACACAACCCAAAACAAGCACAAGUCAAUCCGACCGUUGCCCAGCAUGCGUACCCCCGAGCAACUCGCUGCUUUCCUGGCGGAGAAGAAAGCACUGCUAGCGACGACUGCAAAUCGAGUGACUCCUGGCAGCACUCCGCAGAUUGUCCCUACAUCGAGCCUCCGGGCAGACAGCUCCUCGAUACCUCCUACGCCCGCCGUACAAGGCCCCUCGACGCCCGCUCCACCACCAUUUCCAGAGAAAGCCUCCGGCUUCAUGCCUGAGCGUACCCCGACUCCGCCAAUGAUUCCCAGCAGAGCGGACGCUCCCUCCUUCUUCGCCCCUUUUGAAAGCAAUAAUAAGAGAAAGCUGGAGGCAUCGGAGGGUGGCAACUUCGGGGCGCCCUUGGCCAAACGUCAGAUUCUUGCUUGCAAGAAGAGAACCAUACGCUUCGCCGCUGCGCCUAAUCCCCCAUCGUCGGUCCCUACUUCGACAUCUUCGGUAUCUCCAGCUCCCUCAGCCGCCCCAGCACCAGCAGAUAAUGGACUCGGUGAUCUGGUAGAUUGCUCUGGGAUCGGAAGCCCAUCUCUUCUGCCAGCUCUACCAUCUUUCUAUGAUGAUGAGGAUUUGGAGGAGGUAGCGUUGGAUGAUCUGGUCAGUAGACCGAAGAUGAAGGCGAGAGCUUCCAGGAACGUCGAGAUGCCGGAUGUGGUUGAUGGGCCGCCUGUGCCGACCGUUGGGAUACCAAGAUCAAACGCCUUGGCUCCUCCUCCCUUGGCCACUAAAUCGGCAUACGCACAAUUGGCUUCGCUAUUCGUCGCCCCGGUACCAGAUUUGUCUCCCUCGGUUGCCUCGUUCCCCUCGGGUGUCUCGUCUACACUUGCACCAGUGGCUCAGUCUUCUGGACUUCAGGGCCAACAAGGAAGCGAAAUUCAUGGGAAACAUACUCCCACGGACCUCACCGACGACAGCCAGCCAAUUCAACACACUGGUCCUGAAGAGGCGUCUACAGAGGAGCCACAGGAUACAGCUAUAAAUGUCGGUGCCGUUGACAGUCCUUAUCCAGGGGUGGAGGGGAGCCAGGUUGGCACAGAUGCUCCCAUACGGGACUCGUCGUCCGAUGACGCGGACUCAACGAUGCUUGAAUCAGCCACGCUGCCAGCUACCCAGAGCGGUACUAGUGAUACUGCGAGCAAGGCCGUUGAUCAAGAUGUUGUGAUGGAGGACGCGGCAAGCGCGCCUGCAAGCUGUGCAGGUAUCCCAAAUACCCAAGCUCCAAUGAUCUACACCCCUCCCGUGGCGAUAAUGCCACCUACGUUUACGCAGUAUCGAGAACCUGCUUCUUCAAGCGGUAGCAUGCUGGCACUUUACACUUCUGGCAUCCCUGCUGGUUCAAGAAAUCAUACUCUCCCACACGGUCUGUGUGCGGAUUUCGAGGAGCGUGUUUUGGAGCAGGAUACGAUUGCAUUGAUUCAAUCGGGAGCUUUCAAUACCGACGACGAGAGUAAGAUUGUUACUCUCUCGUGGAACAAGCCUGACGCCACCAUUGCGGAGAUAACAAACGAGCUGGCGGCUCUGUCUAUUCAUUGCAACCCAUCUGCUCCUGUCGAGAUAUUUGACCCAUCUUUUGCCUACGAUUUUGAAAGUGCUCGACAAUCUGAGACGGCUAUUUCGCCAAUCAUACUCCAAUCUCCAGUUCAGGUAGUUGAGUAUUCAGCCGGCAACUUCGAGGCGUGUCACCAGACCAAGCAGAGAUCCGAGGAAUUCUCCGAAGAUACGUGUGUCAGAGAUCUUGCUGUUUUAACCGUUCGAGAAGAUGAUUACUCGUUUAUGGAGGAGACGAACGUGUCUGAAAUGGCCCUUUCAGAGCCUGCAUCGGAAACACCCGUCGCUUGCAAUAGGGAACCAGUUGAGAAUGGAGAGAUCACCAACCUCGUUGGUUCAUCACCUUCUGUUUCCGAAACAGCUGAUUAUGGUGCCUCUGCGCCUGCGCUGGUCGGAGAGAUUCAGAAGCGCGUCGAGAGUAAAGAGUCUAUGGAAGUAAAAGAGACUUCCUCGACGAACUCUGCCACCACCGAAGCUCCUUUUUCCACCCCCGCGCCGGUUAUUGAAGAGAUUUCUGUGAGCACUGUGGCGACUGAGAUGGAGAGUUCUAGCACCUGGAAAGAAGUCGAGCCGGAGUUGUCCUUGGCUCUUGUAUCAGACAUGCACGUGCCAGCUACUGCGAGCAAUGGGCAAGAGACCCUAAACAAAGCUAUGUGUAGCUCAGCGAUCGAGGAGGAUACCCAGGUGCUGAUACAUGACAUGGAAGCUUCGACCUUGGAAGUCUCGAGAGACUCCAAAACAAAGACAUUUAUUUCAGAACGACUGGGAAAGGAUGUUACAUCCUACAAUCGAACUCCUGGUGUCUCAUCCACAAAACCGACUAAGAAGAGAGAGAGUUGUGUGAUCAGCAGAUUCGAUCUUUUGCCCGAGGCCAAAGUAGAGACGGCCACCUGCAAGAAUACCAGACCCCCAGUUCGAAAAAGAGCAAUGGAACGGGUGAUAGAAGCAUGCCACACCAGAGGCCAUAAUAAGGCCGAGACGAAGCAGGUCAGAAAGAGAUGGGUGCGCCCCAAGUCUCCUGAGAUGACCGCCGAGCAGCGAGCUAAAUUCCACGCCCGCAUGGUUCGGGCAGGGCUCCGCGAGGACCCAAACGUGGAAGUCCCUGCAGCACCGCUAUAUGAUUCCGCUGUGCUGUCCGCAGAACUGGCAGCUGCUGCUGAUGCAGUGGCACAGCAGGCUGCUGCUGGCAUCGUGAGCGCCAUUCUUGCGUCGGGAGGAUAUCCGAUGGUGGCACGACUGGUGCCUGGCGAGCCUGGGCCGUUUGAUUGCUGCGUUCCUGAACCAGCUAGCAUUAUGAUAUUCUUGUGCUAUUUUUUGAUGAUGUGUCAUGAACUCGACAACGAACACCGCCGAUUCAGAACCAUACAUGUCUCGAUCCUCGCGGUUCGACAAAGUUUACGUAUCUUCGGUUACAGCGACCCCACGACCUAUCCCCGCAGAUAUCCAAGGAUAAUAGGAGGUAGCAAAGCUGAUGCCUUGUCCCGGACUAUCUUCCCCGGAGACGAUCGCCACGAACAAGACUUUUCGGAUUUUGGCAGUAUCGCCGAGGCUACCCAGGAUAAACUCCUGGAAGAAGUGGCCAAUCCGCUGAAGGAAAAGGAAAUGGAGAAGAUGCAGACCGUGAAGAGGAUGCUGGACCCAGUGGUGAUAUCCCAACUCGCGGGAGUCAGCAACAAAGACAUCAAUUUCAUCUCUGCGCUCUGCCUGCUCGGAGCGGUGCAAUACAAAGCAGGUCUGGAGCCCAUGUCCAGGCCCGCUAGAAUCCCAGUCUACAACACCAGCGCGAAGACAGCCUCCAUGCAGGAGGACAGAACUAAGGCCUACGAAGAAAUGCCCGUGGUACUGAGACGUACUCAGGCUCUUGACCCAGCCGAAAGUCCCAGAAAAUGCAGACAGGAUCAGGAGAAGAGAGGGCACUGGAAAACAAGGCAUCCAAAUCCCAAAAGGCGGAACGCGGCGCGCCUUCCAUUUCCGGACGCACCUUCCUGUCUGUGGUGGCCUUAG